AUGGAGUUCGGCUCACCCAGCUACGACGGUGAGAUGCUGCAAUUUGACGAUCAGCGUCUGGGGGAAGAAGAUGGUGGGGACGGAGAAGAUGAGAAAUCGGGGGAAGAUGGAGAAGAUGGGCCGCUGUACGAAGAAGAGGAGCAGCGCUACGUGGACUUGAAAGUCGAGGUCGUCGACCAGCCAACUGGGUCUGCGCUUGCUUUCCCCAAUGUUGGAUGGGGCGGCGGCGGCUGCGGCGGCUGCGGCGGCUGCGGCGGCUGCGGCGACGGCGAGGGAUCGGCGGCGGGAGAAGGAGCCGGUGUAGAGGAGCAGCAGGAGCCUCAAUUGGGCAUGGAGUUCGACUCACUCGAGUCGGCCAGUGCUUUCUACUUCAACUACGCGCAGAGCCUGGGCUUCCGUGUUCGUGCCAGCAGAUUCAGAACCUCCAGACGAGAUGAAUCCAUCAUCAUGCGGCGAUUUGUAUGCUACAAAGAGGGGUUCUACCUGAAGAGGGAAAAGAAGAUGGCCGAUUCCAAGGAGAGGCGGAAGAGGGGCUCCAUUAGAGAGGGCUGCCAAGCCAUGUUCGAGGUCGUGAGGAAGGGCCCCGACAGAUGGGUCGCCGCCAAGCUCUUCAAGGACCACUCUCACGCCUUCACCGGCGCCGCCGUCAGGGAGCUCAAGCCCAGGAAGAAGAAGGUGGAGCCGGUGGAUUUCCCGGUCGAUGCCGUGACCCAGCUUGGAAGAGGAUCUUGCGACGACGAUCCCAAGCGGCAGGAUUACUGGGGCGGAGGAGGGGAGGCCUUCAAUCUCUUGGAGUAUCUCAAGAGGAUGCAGGCCAAGAACCCUGGUUUCUUCUACUCCCUGCAGGUGGACGAGCAGAGUAAUCUGGUGACCAACGUCUUCUGGGCAGACGCAAGGGCGCGGGCGGCCUACGGCUACUUCGGAGAUGCCGUCGCCUUCGAUACGACCUACAGGAAGAGCAAGCAGAUGAUGCCGUUCAUCUCUUUCACAGGGGUGAAUCAUCACCUUCAACCUCUGAUCUUCGGCUGCGGGAUAAUCUUCGAGGAGAGUGAGCCCUCCUUCUCUUGGCUGCUCGAAACCUUCUCAGUGGCCAUGCGCGGGCGAGCUCCCCUCUCACUGGUCACUGAGCCGGACGAGAAUCUGAGAGCGGCGGUGUUGCGGGUCUUCCCCACCACGCGGCAUCGGUUCUGCAAGCGGCGGAUCCUGCACAGGGCGAAGGAGGAGCUCCCGCAGCUGUGCUCGACGCCGGCGACCUGGCGGGCUUUCAAGGCCGAGGUGAGGCGCUGCAUCGACGAAUCUGAGACGGUGGAAGAUUUUGAAUCCUGCUGGGGAUCGAUCCUCGGCAGGUAUAAUCUGGGCGGCAGCUCGUGGAUCCAGUCGCUGUAUGAGCUCCGCGAGCAUUGGGCCGCUGCGUUCUUGAAGGACGCCUUCUUCGCGGAGAUGUCUCCUGCUCAGAGAUCCGAAACCAUGCACAAGUUCUUCCUCAGGAACUUCGAGACCAGAGCCUCCAUCCGGGACUUCCUUUGCAAAUUUGAUCAAGCCAUGGCGGGGCAGUUCGAGAAGGAGGUGCAGUCCGACUACGCCAAUCUCUGCUCGAGACCCGUGCUCAAGACCUCAAUGGAGAUGGAAAAACAGGCGGCCGAGAUGUACACGAAGACCAUUUUCGCCAUCUUCCAGGAAGAGCUCCUCCAGUCCUCCAGCGCCCUCCCCGCCGCUAAAUCGGAUGACGGCGUGAACUGGAAGUACGAUGUGGUUCACAGCAGUGAAGAUCCGGACAAGGUAUACAGAGUUGACUUAUGUUAUCCCGAGAAGAGGGCGAGCUGCAGCUGCCGCAAGUUUGACUUCUCCGGCAUCCUCUGUAGGCACAUCCUCUCUGUGUUCUCCAGCCUCCAUAUCUCGAAGCUCCCGGAAGAUUACUUCUUGCGGCGGUGGACGCGGGCCGCCAAGAGCGGCCCGACAUUGCUUGAAUCUAACAGCGCCCAUCUCCCCAUCGAUCGCCGGAAGGCUUUCAGCUGUCUGUGCCUGGAAAUGUUCAAGUAUGCCGAGGAGGGGGCAACAUCUUCAGCAGCUUACACCGCGGCGAAGGAUGCGCUGCGGAAUGCUUUUGCUGAAGUUGUUGCUGCAAAAAAGGGUUUCACUGGUUGA